AUGGAAAAUAAUGCAAAUAUUGGUGAAAUAAUUAAAAGUACAAGAGACAAAGAUUUGUUAUUAUUUGCAAAUUUUACGUAUCGAAAAGUUCAUGAAUCGAAAAAUUCUUCAAUACGAUGGCGUUGUACUGUUAGAACUUGCAUUGCAAAAGUGUAUACUUCUUUAGAAAAUAUUGUACAAAUAGUUGAAAUUGUAAAUGAACAUAACGGGCACGAUCAACCAAGUAUAGACAGAAAAAUUUAUUCAAAUGGAUGUAAGAGAAAAGCUAUGGAAAAUCUGUAUACUAAACCAAGUAAGAUAUUACGAACUGAAAUUUCUAAAAAUAUAUCUAAUUUACAAUCCAUCACUACCGAUGAUAUAUCACUAGUUCGACGAAAUAUUUAUAACGCCCGUAGAAAGAUAGUGCCACCAUUACCAAAAACAAUGGAAGAUUUGCAAAAGAGUAUAAGCAAUUUGGAUUUGAGAACGGACCUCAAUGAGCAAUUUCUAUUAACCAAUGAUCCGAACUGUCAUAUAAUAAUAUUUUCAUGUGACACAAAUUUAAAAGUUCUAUGCCAAUCUGAGAUUAUAUACAUGGAUGGAACUUUUGAAUAUUGCCCCAAGUUAUUUACGCAAUUGUUUUCUUUGCAUGGUUUAUGCAAUGAUCAUUAUAUCCCACUUUUAUUUGCAUUACUUCCAGACAAAAAAACUUCAACUUACAUAAAUUUAUUUAAAAAUAUCAUAAAUUUUGUGUAA